GUAGCCCCAGUUGCAAUGGAGGACAGUGACCACGAGGUUCACUCUUCAUCAGACGAGCAGGACUCCUGCCCUGCCUCCCCUAAUCACAGCAGGGACCGUGAUGCUGAACAGCAUUCGAGCCAAUCAGAGGACUCAGAGGUGGAGAACAUUAUGCAAGACCCUCACCACCAAGGAGGGCACGAGCAGCACCACCACCACGUCCACGAGCCUCAUGAUGCAGACAGGGAAGCCGAGGGCGAAGACCGCCCCCACACCCCCUCAUAUUUGCGGCCCCCUGUGGCGGGCAGGGCGCAGUCGGAUUCAGGUUCAGACCCCUUUUUACCGCAGAGCAGAAGUGUGGAGUUUGACUUGUCGACCCCCGUCAGUCCCACCAGGCCCAAGAGCCCCUGGGGUCGAUUUGACCCGUACGACAAUAAUGAGGACCAGGACAAGGAAUAUGUGGGUUUUGCGACACUGCCAAACCAGGUGCACCGCAAGUCAGUCAAGAAGGGAUUUGACUUCACGCUCAUGGUGGCAGGGGAGUCUGGCCUGGGAAAGUCCACCCUGGUCAACAGUCUGUUUCUCACAGAUCUUUACAAAGAUAGGAAGCUGCUCAAUGCUGAAGAGCGAAUCACACAAACAGUAGAAAUCACCAAACACACGGUGGAUAUAGAAGAGAAAGGUGUCAAACUGAAGCUCACUAUCGUGGACACCCCUGGGUUUGGGGAUGCUGUAAACAACACUGAAUGCUGGAAGUCAGUGGCUGACUACAUCGACCAGCAGUUUGAGCAGUACUUCAGGGACGAGAGUGGCCUCAACCGCAAGAACAUCCAGGACAACCGCGUGCACUGCUGCCUCUAUUUCAUCUCACCCUUCGGUCAUGGCCUGCGGCCUUUGGAUGUGGAGUUCAUGAAAGCUCUGCAUGAGAAGGUUAACAUCGUCCCCAUCUUGGCCAAAGCAGACACACUCACCCCCAGUGAGGUCAAGAAAAAGAAAAUCAAGAUCCGAGAGGAGAUUGAGCAGUAUGGUAUCAAGAUAUACCAAUUCCCCGACUGUGACUCUGAUGAAGAUGAGGACUUUAAGCAGCAGGACACUGAGCUGAAGGAAAGCAUUCCCUUUGCAGUCAUUGGCAGCAACACAGUGGUGGAGGCCAAAGGGAAGAGGGUGCGAGGCCGUCUGUACCCCUGGGGCAUCGUAGAGGUGGAGAACUCGGCACAUUGUGACUUUGUGAAGCUGAGGAACAUGCUUGUUCGCACACAUAUGCAAGACCUGAAGGACGUGACCCGGGAGACUCACUACGAGAACUACAGAGCCCACUGCAUCCAGAGCAUGACCCGCAUGGUGGUGAAGGAACGCAACCGCAAUAAACUAACCAGGGAGAGCGGCACAGACUUCCCCAUCCCCGUGGUGCCCGCAGUAGCGGACAGCGAGACAGAAAAGCUCAUCAAGGAGAAAGACGAGGAGUUGCGGCGGAUGCAGGAGAUGCUGCAGAGGAUCCAGGAUCAAAUGCACACUCAGAAAGACGCCUAUUAACGUAAAAGACAGCAGUCACAUUCUCUUUAACUGGGAUUUAAAAAAGAAAAAACACCCAGGAAACCUUUAUUCCUCUCUAGAACAUUGACAUCCCGACGUGUCCUCCCAACCACCACUCAACCUCAUCAACAGCAUGUUACACAUGGAUCAGGGACCUGCGAGGAGGUGGUAAGAUGUUCUGACAUUUGCAGCUCAACGACUCCCAUCAUCCUCUCCAGAGUCUCUGACAUUAAGAAACCACCGCUGCGAAACACUCAAGCCUCCACUCUACUGUUUCCUGUUCUGUCAAAACUUUAACGUCAUUAAGAAACAAGCAGGUUUGUCUAAUUUGAGGAUUUGUUUAGUCGUCCGUAAUGCUUAGGAGUCAAAUAUCUUUAUUUAGCCACAAGAUCACAGGGUUGUAUUUUAUUUUUUACAUAAGGUCUGAUAUGAGGUUUACAUGUGAUGACCUGCUCAGAUUUUUUUAAGCACAUUUUUUUCUGGUGCUUAAAGUGUUUAUUUUUACUAUUACUAUAGGUCAACAUGCAUAUAUACUGUAAUAAUUUAAUUCUCUAUAUUACACUCAAACAUUUGUUCCACUGUUUUUCAUCUUUUUAAGUGUUUUUUUUAUUUAACUACACCCCUUCUACACUGCUUGACAUUAAGUGUGGAUGAUUGUUUGAUGCAAUUUCCCCUCAGCCGAGGUUCCUGUUGGUCCAUUUGGUUUAAUCUUUAUGCGAGUGAUUGUUCAGUUUUAUUUAAAUUAUGUUUUUAUCAGUGUCAUGUGCAUGUUAAUCAUAGUUGCCACCUCUGCUGCCUGACAGCAUGGAUGUUAGUGUCUCUGCUCAGCGUUGGCCAGUCUUAACUCACUGCAAUGCUUACUGAUCGCCAUAUCAGCAUUUAAGAAUAACUUUUUAUUUGACAAAGGAGUUUUGUCAUAUGUCCCCCCAGAAACAGAGUCGCUCUCAAAGUCAGUUCAUCUCACGAGGGCCGACCAUCAACAGUUCACAUGCGAGAGCUGGUGACAACCGUUAGAGCGUUAGAGAAGAUGAGGACUUUGAUUAGACAAGACCCUUCAUUUGCAUGAGGUGAGUGUCCGAGGGGAGGGUCGCAUCAAAGGGCCACGCGGUGUAUUUAUUUUUGCAUGUGUUGUUGUAAAGGUAACUCCGAUUGCAGAUCAAUUAACUGAUCAAAAGGUUAUUUAUGGGCAAUGAAAAUAUGUAGCUACUUAACUGUUGGGGGGAAAAUACUGAGACGAGGUGGAUUUUUUUGUUUUGGUUGGUUAUAAUUAUAUUUUCAUUUGAAGGGAACUCAUAUGUUGGAUGUGUGCUAACCUUAAUGUUUAUCUUAUAACCAAAGCCAUCGAUGACAAACUUAAUUGUCCUAAAUUUUGGAUUUUCUUUCCUUUUGUGUGAAUUUGUUUUCUAAAAAAAAAAAUACAUUCCUCUCGCUUCUGUCCCAGAGUCAGGUAUUACUUUUGUUUCUGAAUUUGUUUUAUAUUAAAUUUGUCUUUUGUUAUUCUACUUUUUGGAGUAUAUUUAUGUAAUAAAUUUAUAAAUGAAAUGCGGAUGGGGAGGACAAUAUGUACAAAUUCUAAUAUUGUAAUAAAAAAAUGAAUAUAAUUUCA